GCUACUUAAAUGUGACAUGAUGAGCAGCCACUAGGUAUGUCAAGGUCUGCCUGUUCGAACGACAUACCUCUUGUUCGAAUACCAUUCAGCACAUGCUGCAACGUUGCCUACAGCCGCAAAGAAACGGAUCUGUAAUCAGUAACCGCCUCUCAGCAACGAUCUUCCAGCGACGGCAGACAGGAGCUUCGAUGAUGACACCCCACACAACCAACAACCGCCCGAAAACGAGGCAAAGGAUACUCAAAGCAGCCCCGGCCUUGGAGGUGCCGCACAUCGAAGAGAAUGCUUCAGAGAGGAAGCGGGUGCUGAACGUUCUAGCACAGCGCAGGUAUCGAGAACGCAAGAGGCAAACCCGACUCGCCGGGGAUAACAAGAAGCCAGCCGUUGUCCCAGAACACCAAGUAUUUGAGACAUGUGCUGACGGCGGCGUUCCGGACGUUGCCCCUCCAUUUGUACCUGAUGCCGUCGACCUGAUUGAGCAGGUUGCAGACCAGGGCUUACCAUCGACCAGUGAAGCAGGUGACGCUACUGCGGGAUUCAGUCUGGACGCGUCUGCGGUGUGGUUGACGGAUCUGUCAGAUGGCGGCUCGAUAUCGAAUAUGUUGUGCGACGCGAAUCCAUCCAUCUUUGGCUCAGGCGUGGAAAGCGACAUCGCAACAGCGGCGUUGCCUAGCCCGCCAUCAACUGUUGACCCCGCGUCGAUGAUGGAAUGCGCGUCCCUGUCGCCGCCCGAAUUCCCUGACAGCUAUCUCCUCCCUAUGAGCGACUUGAAGGUCCUCAAAGCGCUUCUCCGGGUGGCUACUCGUUUAGGGUCUCGUUCUGUCAUGUGGGACCCCGCAGCGACCUCGCCGUUCAAUUUGGGCGUGGGGACGCCGGCCGAGCUGCUGCCCGAAACGUGGAGGCCAACGACAUCACAGGUCCUCGUGCCCCAUCACCCAAUCAUGGACUUUCUGCCGUGGCCAGAUGUGCGCGAUAGAAUCAUCAACCUCUUCAGUCUGCCCGACGAGGCAAGACCACCCGCGGCACGGGGCCAACUCGGACUAGUUAACUUUGCGUACGACCUGGAAGACUCUGGGGAAGGAGCGCGUAUCUGGGGCGCCGACCCAUACGAUGAGUCGAGCUGGGAAGUCGGUCAGGUCCUGUUCGAGAGGUGGUGGUUUGUGUUCGACAGGAAGGUCAUUGAACAGAGCAAUAAGUGGCGGCGGUUAAGGGGCGCCGCUGCAUUACAGAUGCGGCCAGGCAGUGUGGUCGAUCUGUCCGAGACCGCCAAUUGAGCCGUCCUGAUGUCUCAAGGCGGAAGCCUGUACGAAGGGGCGACUAUCGCGAAUGUCCUUCACAGACAGUCGAGGGUCUUUCUGGACUUUCUGGUCUGCAUGGUUGGUGGUUAUCAGCCACACAGGUCGUCACGCACUGGCCCGGCGUGCUUAUACAGUUCAUGGCCAAGGCCAGACGGACAUUUGUAUUCACCGCAACAAGUAGAGACUCCAGAAAGAGAAGCUGUAGCCGGGCAGAGAGGCUAGAAGCACGACAUGCAGCAUGCGAGCGGACGAGCUAGUGCAUGUAGUCGCGGGUGAGAGACGCUUGACCGGAGCUCAUUGGCCUCGUGGAGGGGCCUUUGCGGGAGCAGGUCGACUGGCCGAAUGCAACUCGACACCUGUAUUCCGGACGUGUCUCAGAGGAAAGAGGAGGCACUGUAGCUUUCCGCUCAACUCAAGGUUGGCACUGCGCAGCAGACUUGAUGCAAGUACUCCGGAGCUUGCGCCGUUGUCGCAGUCGGGUUUGGUUGCGGAUGCACGGAGAGUAAUUGGCCAUAGUGCAAUGGGCCCUGAGAUGGACAAUGUAUCAAAACUAUCCGAUGGCCAACUUUGUUCGUCGGGACAUGACACAGAACAGAAUCCCAUAAUGUCCGGAACAGCCUUUGUGACGCAGGGUUGAGCAUCAUACUACAGGCGAGCGUCAUUUAUUGAAAGGUUUCCAG